AUUGACCUUUUCUCUUUUACUUAUUCCUUUGCAUCUUCACUUACUUUGAAGAAGAGUUGCUCUUGGUCUAUUUGAGGUCAAGAUUCCAGUCGUAAAACGGCUGUCUCACUUGCGUCCUAAUUGGAGCCGUCUUACUGCGCCUUCUCACCCUUCACUUCCCCGCCUCUCGCUUCAUCUCUACUUCUCCAUCUACCCAUAACAUCCCAUCAUGUCCAGCGCACCUGUACCCGGUCUCCCUCUUCCCCAAAACCUCUCCGCAUCCGUAACCCGUAUCCUGCACCUCUCAGGCUUCCCACCCGAGCUCAAGACACGCGACAUACACAGUGCCUUCCAAGUGUGGGAGAACGACAAAGGCGGGUUCAAGAUCAAGUGGAUUGACGAUACGAGUGCCCUGGUAGUGUUCAACGAUGCUGUUGUUGCCAAACGCGCUUACCUGCAAACCCUCCUCACCCCACCCGCAGUCCUCGUCUCCCCCACCUCUACCCUCCCACUCCAAAUCCGGCCUUACGACGGUCCAGACGCACAAGCGAUCAUCCAGAACGUCAACGCGCGUACCACCGGUCCUCCCUCGCGCCAAAACUCGCAAAACGCGCACCAGUCCCGCGCACCCUUCAGCGUCUCCCCCGCUGCGGGCACGGGGCAUAUACGCGCUGCCAGCAUGGCGGCUGCGAUACCUAGCGUAGGCGGGCACGCGAUGAGCAGCAGCAUGUCCCUCGGACAGUUGGGUGGGAGCGCAGCUUCCCGCUGGGCACCGAAGGGUGAUGGGUCUACCCCUCCCGCGCUGCCGGAAAUCCCGUACCAAGCCCCGCUGGGAGCGAUGAUCAACGGGAGCGGGUCUGCGCUCGCGACUAGCCCAGCAGUGGAGGAAGCACCCGUACAAGGGGGUGCGAGGAUUGGCGAUGCAGGGCGGAGGAUGGUUGCUGGUGCUUUGGGAGUAAGGCACCCCAGCCUGCGUAGGAACUCGCCUCCAACAGGAGGGUCAGAGAUCACCGCCUAAGCCCCUUCCGCCCUUUCGCUCUUUCGCCCUUUGGUCCCCUACACUCCUCACCCACCCCCUCUGCGGCAUUCGACCCCACCCCUUACCCUCGCCUGUCAUUACCCACCCCGAGCCGGUUCAUGUAAAUACCGCCUAUGUAUUCUCUUCCCUUCCCUCCUCUUCCUCUGCUCGUCCAUGUGCUCCUGCUCCUGGGCUACCGCUCUUUCUGAAAAUGGCACGUUCU